AUGUUCCUCAGGGAGUUGACACCGUCUUCACCCCUGCCUGAUUCGGGCAUUGUUCACGCCGCAAAGGCUGUCAUGACGCUCCAGUUCCGGGCUCGCUUCAACGGCGCCGUUCUCAUGGAGAACACACGCGUCGAGGCUGUGAUGCCCCAUCCCGGCGGAGGCGUGACGAUUGAAACGUCUCAAGGCGUCUAUCACGCUCGCAAGGUCAUCAUUGCUGCUGAUGCAUGGACGAACAAGCUCCUCAAGCCACUCGGCAUUGAGCUGCCCAUCACCGUCAUGCGGGAGCAGGUAACCUACUUCAAGCCCUCUCGCGAGCACGAAGCACAGUUUGCAAACGACAAGUUCCCCGUUCGGAUCUGGGGAGGUGAGAAGUGGUUCUAUGGCUUUCCCCUCUAUGGCUUACCCGCUCUCAAGGCUGGCCAAGACGCUGGAAGAAACGACAUGGAUUCCGAAGACCUUUAUCAUCAGCGAGUUAGAGAGAAGCACAAGGGUGUUAUUCUCGCUCUCGGUAAUGCACAUGCCUUCAAGUUUGCUCCCGCUGUCGGUCGACUUACUGCUGAGCUUGCAUUGGAUGGGAAGACAACUGAUGACAUCUCUAAGUUUGGGUUUCCCAACACAACACCCAGCAAACUGUAG